GAUGACAGUGAUGGGAUUCCGUGGUCAGAAGAAAGGGUGGUACGUAAAGUCCUUUAUUUGUCUCUAAAGGAAUUCAAGGAUGCCCAGAAGAGGCAGCAUGGGGACAGCAUUGCUGGGAGCCUAAAAACUGUGAAUGGGCUCCUUGGUAAUGACCAGUCUAAGGGAUUAGGACCAGCGUCAGAACAGUCAGAGAAUGAGAAGGACGAUGCAUCCCAGGUGUCCUCAACUAGCAACGAUGUUAGUUCUUCAGAUUUUGAAGAAGGGCCGUCGAGGAAAAGGCCCAGGCUGCAAGCACAAAGGAAGUUUGCUCAAUCUCAGCCGAAUAGUCCCAGCACAACUCCAGUGAAGAUAGUGGAGCCUUUGCUACCCCCGCCAGCUACUCAAAUUUCUGACCUCUCUAAAAGGAAGCCUAAGACAGAAGACUUUCUUACCUUUCUCUGCCUUCGAGGUUCUCCUGCGCUGCCUAACAGUAUGGUGUAUUUUGGAAGCUCUCAGGAUGAGGAGGAUGUGGAGGAGGAAGAUGAUGAGGCAGAAGAUAUCAAAACAGCCACCAACAAUGCUUCAUCUUCAUGCCAGUCAACCCCCGGGAAAGGAAAAACCCACAAGCAUGUUCACAAUGGGCACGUUUUCAAUGGCUCCAGCAGGUCAACACGGGAGAAAGAACCUGUUCAGAAACACAAAAGCAAAGAGGCCACUCCUGCGAAGGAGAAGCACAGCGAUCACAGGGCUGAUAGCCGGAGGGAGCAGGCCUCUGCCACCCAGCCCUCGGCAGCCCCCUCCUCGGUCUCCUCGGCCAAGGGGCUCGCUGCCAACUACCACCCGCCCCCUGUGCAUCGGUCGGCUCAGGACUUCCGGAAGCAGGUUUCUAGGGUAAACGGAGUCACACGGAUGUCAUCUCUGGGUGCAGGUGCAGCCAGUGCCAAAAAGAUACGCGAAGUCAGACCUUCACCAUCCAAAACUGUGAAGUACACUGCCACGGUGACCAAGGGGACUGUUACAUACACCAAAGCCAAGAGAGAACUGGUCAAGGAAAGCAAACCCAAUCACCACAAGCCCAGUUCAGCUGUCAACCACACAAUCUCAGGGAAAACUGAAAGUAGCAAUGCAAAAACCCGCAAACAGGUGCUAUCCCUCGGGGGGCCGUCCAAGUCCACCGGGCCUGCAGCCAGCGGCCUCAAGGUCAGCGGCAGGUUGAACCCGUCAUGCACUAAGGAGGUGGGGGGGCGGCAGCUGAGGGAGGGGCUGCGGAAUUCCAAGCGGAGACUGGAAGAGGCACACCAGGGGGAGAAGCUGCAGUCGCCCCCCAAGAAGAUGAAGGGGGCCGCGGGGCCUGCCGAAGCACCCAGCAAAACGGCGGCGGCGGCGGCAGCCUCAGCAGAGAAGCCCCUGCUGAACGGACAGGUGAAGAAGGAAGUGCCCGAGCGGAGUUGGGACAGGAGCCGGCCGAAGCGGGCCACGGCCGGCAAGAGCACGCCAGGCAGACAAGCACAUGGCAAGCCGGACAGCGCCCCCUGUGGAAAUCGUUCUACCUCGCAACCCGAGCCCUUGCACAACAAGCCGCACGACCCGCCGCCGCCGCUGCCUCCGGGCAGGCCAGAGAAGGGGGGCGGCAGGUCCGGGCGGGAGGCGAUGGACGAGAUCCCUGUCCUCAGGCCCUCCGCCAAGGAGCUCCACGACCCGCUUAUCUACAUCAAGUCGGUCCGCGCUCAGGUGGAGAAGUACGGGAUGUGCAGGGUGAUCCCCCCUCCGGACUGGCGGCCCGAGUGCAAGCUCAAUGACGAGAUGCGGUUCGUCACGCAGAUUCAGCAGAUCCACAAGCUGGGCCGGCGCUGGGGCCCCAACGUGCAGCGGCUGGCCUGCAUCAAGAAGCACCUCAGAUCUCAGGGCAUCACCAUGGACGAGCUCCCGCUCAUCGGAGGCUGUGAGCUCGACCUGGCCUGCUUUUUCCGGCUGAUUAACGAGAUGGGUGGCAUGCAGCAAGUGACUGACCUCAAAAAGUGGAACAAACUAGCGGACAUGCUGCGCAUCCCCAAAACUGCCCAGGACCGUCUGGCCAAGCUGCAGGAGGCCUACUGCCAGUACCUGCUCUCCUAUGACUCCCUGUCCCCCGAGGAGCACCGGCGGCUGGAGAAGGAGGUGCUGAUGGAGAAGGAGAUCCUGGAGAAGCGCAAGGGGCCGCUGGAGGGCCACACGGAGAACGACCACCACAAGUUCCACCCGCUGCCACGCUUCGAGCCCAAGAACGGGCUCAUCCACGGUGUGGCGCCCCGCAACGGCUUCCGCAGCAAGCUCAAGGAGGUGGGCCAGGCCCCGCUCAAAACGGGCCGGCGGCGACUCUUCGCUCAGGAAAAGGAGGUGGUCAAGGAGGAGGAGGAGGACAAAGGUGUCCUCAACGACUUCCACAAGUGCAUCUACAAGGGAAGGUCUGUUUCUCUAACAACUUUCUAUCGAACAGCAAGAAAUAUCAUGAAUAUGUGCUUCAGCAAGGAGCCUGCACCAGCCGAAAUCGAGCAAGAGUACUGGAGGUUGGUGGAGGAGAAGGACUGCCACGUGGCAGUGCACUGCGGCAAGGUGGACACCAACACCCACGGCAGCGGAUUCCCGGUGGGAAAAUCGGAGCCCUUUUCAAGGCACGGAUGGAACCUCACCGUCCUCCCCAAUAACACAGGGUCCAUCCUGCGACACCUCGGUGCUGUGCCUGGAGUGACUAUUCCCUGGCUGAAUAUUGGCAUGGUCCUUUCUACCUCAGGCUGGUCUCGAGACCAAAAUCACCUUCCGUACAUUGACUACUUACACACUGGUGCUGACUGCAUUUGGUAUUGCAUUCCUGCUGAGGAGGAAAACAAGCUGGAGGACGUGGUCCACACCCUGCUACAGGCCAAUGGCACCCCAGGGCUGCAGAUGCUGGAGAGCAACGUCAUGAUCUCCCCAGAGGUGCUGUGCAAAGAGGGGAUCAAGGUGCACCGGACCGUGCAGCAGAGUGGACAGUUCGUGGUCUGCUUUCCGGGGUCCUUCGUGUCCAAAGUGUGCUGUGGCUACAGCGUCUCAGAAACUGUGCACUUUGUUACCACCCAGUGGACAAGUAUGGGCUUUGAGACCGCCAAGGAAAUGAAGCGGCGCCACAUAGCCAAGCCGUUCUCCAUGGAGAAGCUGCUCUACCAGAUCGCACAGGCAGAGGCGAAGAAGGAGAACGGGCCCACUCUCAGCACCAUCUCCGCCCUUCUGGACGAGCUCAGGGAUACGGAGCUGCGGCAGCGCAGGCAGCUGUUCGAGGCUGGCCUCCACUUGUCCGCGCGAUACGGCGGCAGCCACGACGGCAGCAGUGCGGCCGCAGAUGGGAAAAAAAAGCCUCGAAAGUGGCUGCAGCUGGAGACAUCGGAGAGGCGGUGUCAGAUCUGCCAGCACCUGUGCUACCUGUCCAUGGUGGUGCAGGAGAACGAGAAUGUCGUGUUCUGCCUGGAGUGUGCCCUGCGCCAUGUGGAGAAGCAGAAGUCCUGCCGCGGGCUGAAGCUCAUGUACCGCUACGACGAGGAGCAGAUCAUCAGUCUCGUCAAUCAGAUCUGUGGCAAAGUAUCUGGCAAGAACGGCAGCAUUGAGAACUGUCUCAGUAAACCCACACCAAAACGAGGCCCCCGAAAGAGAGCAACUGUGGACGUGCCGCCAUCCCGGCUGUCAGCCUCUGGUUCCUCCAAAAGUGCUUCGAGCUCAUCAUGAAGACGCCAACCCCAUGGUCGAUUUAUAUAGAUAUAUUUGUAAUUAUUAUAUUCUAGUUUGGAGUACUUGCUGUAGGAUACAAGCUGUCUUUGCACUAGCUCUAAAGAAGAUUUUCUUCUGGUUUUAGAGAACUAAUUUUGUUUUAGCAUUAAACUGAUGGAACUUUUUUUUGUACUUAGAAUACCUAGACACUGCAGUCAGAUUUUUGAAACUGCCGUAUAUUCACUGUUUUAAAAACCCUUGCGGGGCUGUAUUACUUUGUAUUGCCCUAUAUGGCUGACAAAAGCCCUUUUUUGUUUUUUUGUUUUUGUUUUUUGUCUUUUUUUGUAACUGUUGGGGGAAAAAGGCUUUUAAACCCAUUUUUGAAGAGGGUGAAGUUUGGAGAACAAAUUUUAAAUCCAUCAAGUCACGUGAGCAGAUUUUUCUAGAUCAGAAAAGGGAUAGGAGACACACACACACACACACACACGCACACACACACGAAAACUUGAAAAGAAAUGGCUUUACUGUGGCUGUCUUUCCUCUGUCAAGUGAGAUGAGUUCGUAUUUUCAAACCGGAGAGGCCCGUUUUGGUUCGUGGGCGGCUAUGGCAGCUGAAGGCGGAGGUUGGCGUGACCAGGUUCUCGUGACCAGCUGAAUCACUAUGCAUCGGGAGGACGGAGACAGACUGCCUGCUUGGAGGGUCCCUGACGGAGACCUGUGCCUGAUUUCAUCAGGAAAUCCAUUCUGUUAAUUUUUGGUGCUGUUGGCUACUUUAUCAAAAAACCCUUCAAUAGCAUCCUUAAGGAAAACAAUGAUUGAAGCCACAAGUGCUUCUUUGUCACCGACGUGCAAUCUUUCUAACAUUCCAUCUUCAUCUCACUGUUUGUUUCACACCUCCACAAGUCAGCAUUAAUCUGUUUUAAAAAUGUUUUGUUUAUGAUCACAUUUAGAGCCACUGGGAAGUCUGCAGUUCUUUUUGAAUGUGAAAAUGCAUUUGUGCUCAUCUUUUCUAUUUUUUCUGUCCAUGUUGUAACAAAAAGUAAAAAAAAGAAAAAAAAUCCCAACCCCUUUGUACAUACGCCUGUAAAUUGUUUUAAAUACUUGAGCCUUUUCUUGGAGGGGGGAGGGAGGGUGAGAAGACGAGAUGAAGAAAAGCCUUACACUUCAGUUUCUUCAUCGGGUGGAAUGGAUGCUUACAGGGUUUUCUUGUAACGUUUAUAAGUGCUGCUUACAUCACUGAACAACAACACCAGAAUAAUAAUGGAGUAGCUGUUGCCCUUCUCUGGUUGUGUGUACAGUAUGUGUGGAAUAAAAAAGGGAAACUUUUCACAAGCUGUUCUUUGUUUCAUAUUUGGACCUAUCGACCCCGUAGCUACCCACGCUGCACUGAGCUUGCCGGUGGUGACGGCCAGGAACGUCCUAGGAUCCACUUUGUUGGUUGGUGUUGCAGAAGACUGAACUGUUCUGGAAUAUUUAACAGUUACAUAAACAGUCGAGUGUUUUCCAAUGUGGUUGUCCGGUUUUUAUGGCCUUGCUGUGUACUUUUCCCUCUUUUUGACAGUAAACUUCCGCCUAUGGCUUACAGUU